UUGAGGCAGUGUUGAAUAACAGCAGUCCUAAGGAAGUGUACAACAUUUAUACUCAAAGUGGAUUGAAUGGAACCAAAGUGAGUCCAUAUGUUUAUAGUGUGAUGUUGAAUGAUAGUAGUACAGAUACUAAAUUUGGACCAAGAUUAGUUAGAAACAAGUACUAUUUGGGUAGUAGGCAUCUAACCUUUGGAAGUGAUGACUCAAAGAUUGAACUCACUGACCCUACAGAUGAAGAACAUAAAAUGAUUCUUGAUGCAACAGCUGGACUAUGUGAGCUGAUUUUUAAAAAGAAGCCUAACAAUCAACUUGUUACGUCACCUGACUCAAAUGCAUACAAACACAUUCUGUAUUUGACCAAAUUGUAUAGAAAAAACUAUGACCCAGUUGGACAUAUUAUACACUCCAAUGAUGUCAAGUACAAGAAGACAAUUUACCCACUGAUAAGGAAUGGUAAGCAUGGUGGGAGAGGACUGGUGACACCAUUUAAUAUGGUUGCAAACGAUGCUACUGAAAUUGAAUACAUCUACCACAAUAAUCCUAAUGAACUUGUAGACAGGUUGAGACUGUUGGACCAAUCUAGAGCAGUUGGCAACACUGGACAUGAGAAUGAAAUCAUUUCCAUUCUAGAAGAGUUGGUGGAAGGUGGUUACAUAGUUGGCAAGCCUGCACACUAGUUGUAAUAUGAGAAGAAGGUUGUUACUCCAACUUGACAUACAGUUGAGAGUGUUUCUACCACACACUGCCUUCCAUAUACAAUGGCUCCUAUGGGUGGAAGAAUUAUGGAUAAUAUCUUUGUUGAAUUAUGGAUAAUAACUUUGGGUAAUAUCAACGCUCACCACAGGC